AGCUCGAAGACUUAAAACUUGCUUCUUAUUCUACACAUAACAGUCUUCCAGAAGUCCUUAUAUCGACAUAAGAUAAAGCAGCUUGUGAUGUCGUGAAGCUUCGUUGCGUUAUUUUCUAUGCGUGGCGUGCAUGUUUUAUCCUUUUGAGAGAUCGCGAAACCUUUUAGAUGUUGCUCUUAUAGCAGGAUUACAUCAUGAAUUACAAAUGAGCCCAUAUAUACUGCUUUGCAUUGCCUGCGUGAACAGUGCACCUUGACUCAUCACACAGUCGGGGCAAAAUGUAUUUGCUGCAAUGAUAUCAUACACAGCUGUCAGAGAUUUCGACUAUGCAGUCAUGGCAGUAUCAGGCUUGUGCUUCCUUCUGUGCCUGGGAACCACCAUCUCCGUGCUCCCCUGGUCCAGGACGCUACGUCAAGUGCACAUCCUUGUCCAGUUUAACAUCUUCUGGAAGAUCAGAACCUUCUUGCUCCUCAGUGGCGGCUUUUGGCUGCUGGCGCAAUGGCUGCGGCUGGAUGCUAUCUGGGAGCCGGGCUCGCAGAUUAUGUCACCGCGGGUGACUGAUUGGGCCAAGGAGGGGUGGAUGUGCCGAAUCUACCUGGUUAUCUCUGUGGGCCUGCUGCAGCCGCUCUUCCUGCUCACCGCUCUGCUGCUGUGCCGGCAGAGCACCAGCCAAUCAGGGGCGACGAAAGGGGAGUGGCCGAAUGGGAGGAUCCUCUGCACAGCGGCGAUCUGGACGGCGCCGGUGUUUGUCAGCCAGUUAGUCAUCGCGUUCAUCAGCCUCGCCUUCAAGCAGCAGGUGGGCUUGGGGCACAGAAAGUCGGUGCUGCACCAUUUCUUUGCUCCAUACGCCGUGGGGAUGCCUCAGGAGUGCGGCGCUGCUGAGGAGCCGGCGUCUGGGGUCAGCUGCACGCGAUGCGCGUUCCCUGCCGCGUCCUGCAUCGCCUCGGUCACGCUGGGCGCAUGCGUUCUGCUGCUGCUGCUGCGGGCGACGGCGCGGAUGAUGCGCGGAGUGAUCAACCGUCCUCUGCAGCGCCGGAUACGCAUCUUCCAUCGCACAUUUGCAGUGGCGUUGGUAAUUCACGAGGCGACGCAGGCGGUGACAACGGCGACAUCACCCUUCUCCUGGGGGUUUGAGGUCUUGUGGCUGGCCUCCUUCCUGGCGCUGCCCGUGCUGGUGGCCGCCACCUGCCUGCCCCUGGCGCUGCUGCCCAUCUGGGACACAAUGUCUGCAGGACGGGCGUGGCAGCUGGCGGGAGGGCGGUAUGAGGCGCCUCUGCAGGAGGGUGCGCUGCUGGGGAAGCCGCCCAGAGCAACAGUGGAAUUGAAUCAGGCGUCGGCCAGGAAAGAGGCACAGGGGCCGCCUCUAUAGAGGGAUUACGGUCUCCUGAAGCAGAUGUGUCGCUUGGGAGUAUUCUUGGAUGCAAUCAGAUCGGAUCAAGACCCUGCAUGUGACUCUAACAUUGGCCCAAGAUGUGUUGCGAUGAGCUAAGACUUGUACGUGCUCGAGGCUAGCCUGUUGAUAUUGCACAGCUCACCAAAGCGUCUUGGUGACUGGUGUGUUUUGCCCACGAGGCUUGUCUCCUGAAGCUUUCUAGAAGCUCCAGCAAUUCUGACUGUAUAGAUGCUUCACUGACUCAGUGUCGACACGCUCAUCCACGUGCAAGCUGUUGAGUGC